AUGGUCAAGUUCCUCAAGCCAGGAAAGGUUGUUCUUAUCUUACAAGGUCGUUUCGCCGGAAAGAAGGCCGUCAUUGUUAAAAAUUAUGAUGAAGGUACUAAGGAACGUCCAUACCCACACGCCAUUGUUGCUGGUAUUGAAAGAUACCCAUUAAAGGUUACCAAGUCCAUGGGUCAAAAGCUUGUUGCCAAGCGCUCUAAGGUCAAGCCAUUCGUCAAGGUCGUUAACUUCAACCACAUCAUGCCAACCAGAUACAGUCUUGAUGUUGAUUUAAAGCAAAACGUUACUCUUGAUGCUUUCAAGGACCCAAGCCAAAGAAUCCAAACCCGUAAGGUUAUCAAGAAGGCUUUUGAAGAAAGAUACAAGAGUGGUAAGAACAAGUGGUUCUUCCAAAA